AUGUCAAAUUACAAUUACCCGGGAAGCAGCGGCAUUGUCGUUGGUAAGGGUAAAGGACCCAAGAAUCCUCCACCACCAAUUAAAUAUCAAAAAUCACAUAAAAACAUAACAUUCAUAUUCGCACCUGAAAGUAACCUUUAUAAAAUAAGUCUAAUCGGUGGAGAGGAUAACAUCUUGGAAGGGAUCGUACACCUAAGCUACGAAAAACCCACUCAAAUAAAGUCAAUAAGCCUCAAUCUAAAGUGCACGGAGAAGACCACAUCAUAUGAAUCACAGGGAAGGGCCAACACGCUCUUCUCCGGAGUUCACAUACUGAUAGAUAAGACGGAAAAAAUUUGGGAAUCCAAGGACGAGAAAACCAUUGAAACCUUGGACAUCCCGUUUCGGAUUCUACUUCCUGACGAUCUUCCGGAAAUGAUAAACACCAAGUUUGGACAAGUUAGCUAUGUGCUUAAGGCCAUAGUUCAUCAGAAAAGUUUUUUCGUUUCAUCGACUCAGACGGUGGAGAUUAUGUAUCCGUUAAAAAAGCUAAUCCACGACAACACCAAUGCAUCUUACUAUAAGCUACGUGGCGAAUCAAAGAAUGGGAUGGAAUACUCGUUUGAUCUUCCGCCUAACAAGAUCUUUAACAUUGGAACGUGGGUGCCAAUUCCCAUGAGAAUUCGAUUUCUGACACCUGACAUAAGCAUAGAUCGGAUUGAGAUUUCCUUAAAGACAAGUAUGGACUUUCGAUUUGAUAAACCAAGAAAUACGACGCGUCAGAUAAGUGAAAAGGCGAUUUCCAUGGUAAUACCACGUCAGGACAUCUUCUACUUGCAACCGACCUCAUCUCAUUACCACGGAGAAUGCGUCGCCACCAUCGAUCUCACAGUUCCUCAAAGUCUACAACCGUCGUAUAAUGGAAGAGUAAUAAGCAUCACACAUCAUUUCUAUGUAAGGUUUUACCUAUGGGACUCAGAAAAGGAUUUCACGAUUGAAGAGGAUGUGACGGUUGCGCAUAUUCACGAGCCCACAUCACAAACACCACGAGUGGGAACACCGAAUAGUUCACAGUACCAAAUACACCUAAUGAACUAUUCGCCUUCUUACAUAACUCCGCAAAGCAGCGGAAAUUAUGUCGAAGAUCCGGAUGAAAUCAGGGUCGCAACCCCAAUCGGUCAAUCGUCCACCGAUAACGAUUCCUUAUACAUCUAUGAAGAUCCAAUUCCUUAG